UUAUGAAAUAUCAUAACAUAACAGGUAUUGCUAAUACCUAAACAUUCUUAUUGGACGUUUCAGAGCUUGGAUGCCUGUCUGUACAUGUAAUGUUAUCUGAAUGGAUGUUUGUGCCGGAAUAGGAACAUUUUUUUUUAAAAAAAAUAGCAUCUGUGUUGAGUUCAAAUCGUCGUCUCGGGAAUAACAAAACCCAGGACAUAAAGCCCCGUCGCAGACAGUAGGUCCAUCGCUUACGAUCAAUAUCACUUACACUUAUUUUUUAGAUCUUUCCUAAAAGAAGAGAGCACAUUUUCAAUUGACGGGCCCAGCCUGGCCCGUCAGGUUGCAAUAGGUUUGGGUUCAAAUUUGAAGAAGAAGAAGACUGAAGCAUUAGCAGAUUUUUGCUUCAAUUGAGGAUUAGCCACUGAAACUAAGCCUGGUUUGGGUUAUUUAAUUGACUAAUAAGCAAAUUUGCUCCUACAGUCACUGAAGAAAUACAGGAAAAAAGUUGAAAUGUUCACACAUUUAUUACCGGAUACAAAUGAGGUCAGGUCAGAGCUGUAAGGAGCACUGUUGCAGCCUGGUUGUUUUUCUGUUUUCUCUGUUAUUCCCCCCCCCCGGGAUUCAGAGUGCAACACCACUCGGAAACAGAAAAUCCCAGGACUGUUAUAAACCGUCAGGGGUCUUGUAGGCGCUGACUCAUCACAUCACACCAACGCGAUGUGUUGAAACUUGUAUGCUGAAGCGAACACGUAUGUAACACUGCAGACACCGCUCACCCUGCUACACGCCUCUCCACCAUCAACACGAUUUAUUUUAAGGUUAAAAAGUGACAUGAUGUUGCUGUAAAGUGCCCUGAAUGAAAUCCUGCUCGGGGCUCCAAAAAGGUUUCCAGUCCUGCCUGUUCUUAGUAAAAGUAUUCAUGGUAAAAAAGUUACCCAAAAGUUAAUCUAUUGCUUUGGUAAAAGCAUAUGUUUACAUGUAAUAUGCUGUGUACAAUACACUCCAGGCUGGCAGAUUAUUAGAUCUGAUAUUCAGCAUUUUUCUGAUCAUCCUGCUUUUUCCUUCUCCCCUUUAUUUAAUGAUCAGACUGAUUAAUUCAAUUUAACCGGGGCUGCUUUGGCUCUGAGCAAACAUUCCUCCCUGUCACUGAUUUUUUUCCCUUUCCAUAUAUCGGGAGUUUAACCUGCACAAGCUGCGAGUUGAGUGAAGUGACGGGGUUUUAAAAACCUCUCCGCAUCCUGACCCUGCCCGCGUGUGGACGCCUCGAUCCCUCUUGCUCCUCCCUCGGCUAUAAUAGUUCUUGUUAAAGUGGACUUCCAUCAGUUUGCUCCCCCCCCCUCGCCGCGUCCCCCUUUUGUUUCCACAGCACCCUCUUCUCCUGGACGACGCGGGAAAGAGAGAAAGAUGCUGGCCACGGGCAGCGGUGCCAUGGCGAGCCUGUCUCUGUGGAUUAUCGUCCUCUCCGGCGGCGGCGUGUGCGCCAGGAGGCAGCACGGAGAUGCUGAGGGUGGUGAUGGGGAGGAGACCUGGUCGGAGACGGUCUCCAGGGCGAGGUGCGCGUCGCGGUGCCUCAGCCUGCACAGCGUGGCGGCGCUGUCCACACCGCUGCAGAAUAAUGGAUCCUUGGGCUGGUGUCAUAAUCACAAACAGUGCGCGAAGUGCCUGGAGCCCUGCAAAGACUCCUGGGAGAUGAAGAGGAAAAGCAAUUGCAGAGAGAUGUGUGAGCGAGCGUUUCCCAAAAAGCACUGGGAGUGUGUGACCAGCUGCGAGUUCCUCCAGUCGGUGUUGGAGGUGAAGCAGGGCAUCUGCCCGCCUCCGGAGAGAGCCAGCGGCUUUGCGGCGGCCUGCGUGGAGAGCUGCGACAGCGACCGGGAGUGCUCCGCCCAGAAGAAAUGCUGCUCCAACGGCUGUGGCCACACCUGCCAGUCUCCCAAAGACCUCUACAGGGGCGCUCCUCUGAAGCCGCGGAAGGAGCUGGGCUUCGAAGAACUCUCCUCUGGUCAGCUGGAGGUCCGCUGGUCCUCCCGCUUCAACAUCUCCGCCGAGCCCGUCGUCUACAUCCUGCAGAGGAGGUGGAACUUCGGCAUCCAGCCCAGCGAGGACAGCGCCACCUCCUGGCAGGUGGUCGCACAGACCACGGAGCAGAGAGCGAGGCUGUCUGAUAUCCGUCCGGGUCGCUGGUACCAGUUCAGGGUGGCAGCCGUCAACACCCACGGGACCAGAGGGUUCACCACGCCCAGCAGACACAUCCACCACAGCAGAGACCCCUCCAACCCUCCAGCUCCCUCUGAGCUGCGAGUGGCCAACAUGAGCUUCGGCCCUGGCAGGGUGGUGUCUGCCAGGCUUCAGUGGAGCAUGCCUGCUGACCUGGACGUCCCCGUCCAUCACUACAAGGUCAGCUGGAGCUGGACUGCAGUGGGACAGCCCUCCGCUUCAUCUCUGACCAAGAGGAGGAAGACAGUCAGAGAGAGCCAGGUGGAGCUGGACAGCAUGCGGUCUAACAGGAGCUACAGUGUGGAGGUCCAGGCUGUGUCCUACUGGGGCCAGAAUCAGCUCAAAGGACCCCGAGCCAUCCUCCACUUCACCACACAGCGCUCCACCAGUGCUGCUCCAAAAGCCCCUACAGGUGACAUUCUGGAUGUGGGGACACCGUUCUACCAGGACGGACGGCUCCAGGUUCACGUUUACUGGCAGACCAGCACGGAUCCUUCAGUUGAAUCCUACAGAAUCCAGUGGGGACCAGAGCAUUGUAGUCACAAUCAGACUAGACCCAUGGAGAAGACCAGCACACAGGACAACUUUGUCAGCCUGCAGGGCUUGCUGUUCUCCUGCAAGUAUAAAGUCCUUCUGCAGCCAGUCAGCAAGAAGAUUCAUCCUCUGGCAGAAAGCGCCAUGUUCUUCACUCCCUCCUGUGCUGCCAUCCAGGCCAAGAGCCCAAAACCCAUCACCUGUCCUGGAGAAAAAGCAGUGUCCCCUCAGAAGGUCCUGGUGAAGCCAGUCAACCUGACGGCGUCCUUCGAGGUCCGGGGCGGCAACUUGACAGCCAUCUUCAGCUGGGAUUUGUCCACGGUCUUGCGGCACCAGCAGCUGACUGGUUAUCAGGUGACCUGGGCGGAGGUCAUCCCCACCAACCGCCACAACAACAACAAGUUGCCUCACAGCCUCAUCUCCCAGUCCCAGAUCCUCCCCCCGGAUGGUAAUGUCCUGGUGGUGUCUGGCCUGCACCCUCUCAGUCUGUACAGGCUGGAGGUCCAGGCCAUCACAGCAGAGGGGGAAGGUCCUGCAUCCAGCCGGACUUUCCAGACUCCCGAAAACAAAAGCACCCUGAAGCACAGACCCAGGCUGAGGAAGUAUCAUCAUAAACAACCAAUCAUUGAGAGGCACUGAGCCCGGACAGCCAAUCGGCCUGCAUGAACCCCCAAGUCCCCCAAACUCAGGAUGAUCAAGAAUCCAUAGAGCAGUGAUAACUAAUGACAAAUGCAGCUUUCGCCAGCUUCAUGAUUGAAUUCUCACCAAACACCAUUUUAAUCUCCGCCUGCAUUGUCUUACAGUGGACCGAGCUGUUACUGUUGAAGCUGCUAUCCAUAAUGUAGCAUUUAAAAAUCAAUGAAUCCACCGACAAGAUUGGCAGCCUUUACUGGCCUCGACACAUUCAGCGUAUAAAAAAACCCCCAAACUUCUGGACUACUUUACAUGACAAACCACAGAUUUAUACGCUUUGCAAUAAUAGCAAACUACAGACUGUUACCCUAUGAAGCUGGAACACAGUCUCACAGCGACAGCAUGAAUACUUUGACAGGCUGCUAAUCAGUGACCGUGGUCUUGUUGAUUUAUAAGAGCAAUACUGAGAUUUCACACUUGAUAAGACAUUUAGAUAUAGUAAAUCAGAAACACAGCAGAUCAGACAUGCUCUAGGAUUUAGUCCAUUCACUACAUUUCUCUAGAAAAGCUUUAUGCAAAAUGCACCAGUUUAAGAAGUUGUUCUUCCCUUUGACUCCCAGCUGAGAGAUACAUCUCGGCACUUUUUGUGAUAUGUGGGUGUAAAUCAUGCUAGCAUGUAGACACAGUCGCUAUACCGUAUUUAUGACCUGUAGGGCUGGGUAUGGUCAGAACGCUUUUGUAGUAAUAAUAGUGACCCAAAGUUUGGACCCAAAACCUUAAGAAUUCCCAUCACCAAAAAGAUGGAAACUUUAUGAAUGCAUUGAAAUGUUGUAUCUAAAUGUAAAUCAGCACACAAUGAUUUACACUUUGCCCCAUUGGUGAUCCAGCCAUGGAAAUGGAUACCUUGGGCGGCCAUAAACAACACAAUCACCACAAUAACUGUUGAAAACCAGUGUUUCUGCAAAACACGGAUAUGCUGAAACUUUGCAUUUCUUUGUGACAUCGCUGCGCUCAUGGUCUGGUUAGAUUUAGGCACGAAAACCACAGUGGCCAAAACACGAUAUUUUCCUUGGCCGAAGACGCCCAGAGGUUUCAUUAAAAACGCCCUGUUCUGUCGACUCGAGCGCAGCGAUUUGGCGUUGUCCCUCCUUCUCAUCAUAAGUAUUCUUUACCCUUAACCAUAAAUAUGGUGAGGAAUUGUCUCGAAGUCUCCUUUAAAAAUAUCCAGUGGUUUCUCUCCUACAGACGUUGAAAUGGUCAUAAACAUUCAGGCAAUCUGUAAAGAGGAUGAAGUGGUCAGCUUUUGGAGCUGGCCAGUCAAUACCUAUCUGUCUGUCAACCAAACAGGAAGGCUAUUACCAUAUAGUAUAUAUUAGGAAAAUGACUAUUUAGUUCAGAUCAAAGAAUUCAGUGCUGGUAAUUAGGUUUGAUACCCAGCCCUAAUUCCCUGCUGUAUAAUCACAAAGUCCUAUUGAUGGAAUUGCAUGCAAACAACCAAAAAUUGUGUCAUUGAAUGUUACCUUCAGUCUAUUUUAAAACCCGGAACAAUAUUUCCUACAACUGAUUCUCUCGGAUGACUGUUGUUGUUUAAAAAAAAAAAAAAAAAAACGACAUGUAGCUCCCUGUACUCUGUAAAUUCUGUAUAAAAUGUUUGUAUUUAUUACUUGUGGUGUUUGUGUCUGGAUGAGUGUCUACUGUAACAUAACACACCUGCACUGUAUGUGUGCUCAGCCUUUUGUAAACCUCUAGAGACCCUGUACAAAGAUGUUUUGUAAGUAAAGAUAAAUUCCAUGUCA